CUCCUCUUCUUCCCCACAGAAGCAUCUGCAAUUCCCCUCCCAACUCCCAGCGAAACUUCUCUCUUCUCCGAAGCAGCAGCGGCAUCCAUGGCCCCCAAGGCGGAGAAGAAGCCGGCGGCGAAGAAGCCCGCGGAGGAGGAGCCCGCAGCCGAGAAGCCCGCGGCGGAGAAGGCGCCGGCCGGGAAGAAGCCCAAGGCGGAGAAGCGGCUGCCGGCGGGGAAGACGGCGGCCAAGGAGGGCGGUGAGGGGAAGAAGGGGAAGAAGAAGGCGAAGAAGUCGGUGGAGACGUACAAGAUCUACAUCUUCAAGGUGCUCAAGCAGGUCCACCCCGACAUCGGCAUCUCCUCCAAGGCCAUGUCCAUCAUGAACUCCUUCAUCAACGACAUUUUCGAGAAGCUCGCCGGGGAGUCGGCCAAGCUCGCGAGGUACAACAAGAAGCCCACCAUCACCUCCAGGGAGAUCCAGACCUCGGUCAGGCUUGUUCUUCCCGGGGAGCUCGCCAAGCACGCCGUCUCUGAGGGCACCAAGGCUGUCACCAAGUUUACCUCGUCUUAGGCUGUUUCGUUCCGUGGUAGUUUGCUGUUGUUAAUUGUCUUGUAGUUGUGGUUAGUAUUUGAGGGUCGGGGCUGUGGCUGACGUUCUGUAGCAGUGGAUGUAUGAACCAUGUGCUGCUUUUAUUUCAUAUUGUUACCUGACAGAUCUGAUAGUGAUGUUAUGUUAAGUUUUCAACCUACUGAUUUGUGCUAGAUGUAUGGUUUCUGUCUGGAAGAGCUUUUCUUACAAUUAA